AUGAAUAACCAGGGCAGAGGCGUCGCAAAACGAAAGGUUAAGCCGGCAGAACCGCAGAACUUCCUUGAUUUCGAUCUAGGGGAAGGGGAAAGUUCUGACGACUCAGAUUUUCGUAUAGAAGAUCAUCCUGAAGAAAGUGAUGAUUAUUCUAUAAAUUCUGAUGAUGACAAAAAAGGGGGAGCCAAUUCAGGCAGCUCUGAAGGAGAAACAGAAUCAGAUCUUGAAAAUGAAUUUAAAAAUCCUGCACCUAAAUUGGAUGGUGAAAUGUCAGUCACAGAAUUGCUGGAAAAGGCUAAGAAAGAGUUUAAUAUUCCCGACUUAAGUAGCAUGAUGAUAUGUGCAGGUUGUUUGGGGUCUAGAAGUGAUGACUUUAAUGAAAUUGUUGAAUGUGAUGGGUGUGGUGUCACAGUCCAUGAAGGUUGUUAUGGAGUAUCCGAUGUUACUAGUGAAUCCAGUACAGUCAGUUCAGCUUCAACUGAACCAUGGUUUUGUGAAGCAUGCAAGGCUGGGGUAACAGAUCCAAGCUGUGAAUUAUGUCCAAAUAAAGGUGGAAUAUUCAAAGAAACAGAAGUUGGUGCUUGGGUGCAUCUUGUGUGUGCCCUUUAUGUACCUGGAGUUGCAUUUUCUGAGGUGGAACGGUUGUCCGGUGUAACGUUAUUUGAAAUGGCAUAUUCCCGGUGGGGGGCCAGAAGCUGUGCCCUUUGUGACGAUACUACUUUAGCACGAACCGGUGUAUGUGUGGAAUGUGAUGCUGGGCUUUGCAAGACUUUCUUCCAUGUUACUUGUGGACAACGAGCUGGUUUACUGGCAGAGGCGCAUUCAGAGGAAGUAGAACAAGCAGAUCCAUUUUAUGCUCAUUGUCGUUUACACUCCGAUAAGACAUUGGUUAAGAAGAGAAAACGUAAUUGGCUUGCCUUACAGCUAAGAACUGAGAAAAGAAAACUGGAGUUACAACAAAACUUAAGUACAGAGGCCAAGCUGAGGAUUCAAAGGAAACUAGUCAAGUAUAGGCGAAAGUAUGCACAGCAGAAGGAAAAUAGAAACCCACCUUGGGUGCCGACACAGAAAAUGGCGCGGAUGUUAUAUAGCAGCGCAUCUGCUAUGAGAAAGUUCAAACGCAAAGCGGAAUGUAUGGGCAUCGACACACACGCCCUUGAGUUUCAAGAUGCACAGAUGGCAGCACUUAAGGACGUGUCUCGUCGCUGGCAUGUGCCCCCAGCUUUCUCCGUUGAGUUUGUUGGUUAUUACUUGGAGAGGAACACUCGCGUCGCCUCACUAAGACACUCUUUAGAAAGACUCACAAAAGAAAAUGAUACUCUGCUAGCUGAUAACGAAAAAUUAAGGACGGAGUAUGAUAUGGCAGCACAAGAAAACACAGACGCACUAGCCAACCUUACAAGUACCCGUCAAGCGCUGCAGAAGCUUUUCGACCUGAUAUCCUCCAUGUGCCCAAAGACAAAGAUACCGGCGUGUACAACGACCUUGUUGGAGGACAAGCCGUUACUACCACCAGUCAUUCAUAGAUCUACGCCAAAGGUGACACCGCAACAGUUGCAGAAACGGUCAAUGUCUGUGCCAACUGCGGCUGCACUUAAGAUGGGCGUUGGUUUUCCUCUUAGCGACAACCCGGACGCUCGCCAUGGAAAAGUACUAUCCACUUCGCUUGAAGCGUCACGCGAGAGCGGCAGCGUGGCUGCGCGCGAGUGUGCAGUGUGUGCCCGUAGCAGCUCCCAGCAUUUGAUGGCUGCGUGUGACACGUGUCAUCACCAUUACCAUUUGCACUGUCUUCGUCCCCCACUUCAGCGUCCGCCUAAGAAAAGCAAGCUUUAUGGAUGGCAGUGUUCAGAAUGUGACAAGACGUCAGAUUCAGAACCAGAAGUAUUAGAGAAGAAGGUACCACGUCGUUCGCGUAUACGCUACAGUAAAGAUGGAGCUAUCAUAGCGGAACCCCAGAGUCCUGGCUCGAAACCCAGUUCACCCACACCCAAAAUGAAACCAGAAAAGCACAAGGAUAAACCAAAGACCAGUACUUCUUCUGAAAACAUAUCGCCCAUAAAGGUCACGAUAAAACCCUUCGAAUUCAGCAGCGAUGGUAACGAGAAUGAAGUAAAGAGCAAAAAAGAAAAGAAGAGAAAUUCCAGGAAGGAACACACGGUUUCCGAGAGCGAAGCCGCUGCUAAGAAAAUUCACAAGCGCAGUUUCACUUCGCCAAUACUUACGAAUACUCCAUUGAUGUCUAUAACACCUAUAGUAGCGGAUAGUCCUUAUGAUUCUCACAACGAGCAGUCAAACGAUUCAGCAAAUAUACCGCCACCGAAAAAAGACGAGGCGUACACGCAGAAUCUCUCGUUCUCAGCUCUGCUCAACGAUGAGAAGGAGAGCCGCGAUUCUAAGACCAUCGAAAGUUCCAUCGAGAGCACCCUCGCUAAUCUAUCAUCAGAUAUUGCGAAUUACAAGGCGAACAGGAAACGCAGGAAGGAAAAGCACAGGUCUCGCUACUCGCCAGAUUUUCUCCGAUCUCCUUCUAAAUCGCACAAGCAUAAGAGGAAGAAGAAAACUCAGGACAUGGAGAAUCCGGAACAGCCGCACCCGAGGAUCACUAUCAAGAUCAAGCCGAUCCCAAAGCCCGAUGGGUCCCUCGACACACAGAUGUUCUACGUGCCGACUGACAGUAACGACGGUCCACCGCCGGUCAUUGUCAAAAAAAUCAAGCCCGUGGAGACAGAAGUACCGAGUGCUCCAAUACCAUCUGCUGUCACACCCGUACCGGAUCCUCUUGCGAGCACGUCUCGUUCUCGUGAGAGUCGCAUGCGACGUAGCGGUAACAGCGCGCCAGUUGUUCCGAGCGCAGUAACACCACUGACUCAGUGCGAUGUUUGUCAGCAACCGGGAGACAACACAGACUUAGUCAGAUGUGACGAGUGUCAGAAGCGCUAUCACUUCACGUGUCUAGAGCCCCCGUUGAACAAGAAUCCUAAAAAACGUGGUUACUCUUGGCACUGUGCCGACUGCGAUCCUACUGAUUUGGAAGAUAACAACUGA